UUUUUUCGAAUUAAGAAUCGAUUUAUAUCUCAAAUUGAAGGUCAUUAAUCUUAUUGUUAGUAAGGAUAUCAGUAGACAAAACAUGUGGUCCCCCAAAGCGACUAGAACGUUACACCUGGUGAUGUGAUAAUGCAUAAAGGCUCAUGAAGGCUUUCUUACAAAUAAUUUGGCGUUGAUUAUUCUGAUCUAUUGCAAAAAACGAAAACUUAUUAUUCUUGCACUUCUUAUUGUUCUUGCGCAAUCCAAUUUGCUUUAUUAUUUUUAAAUCACAUCAUUCGAUCCAAAAUUAAAUUAAAGAUUCCUUUAAAAGUUGUCUUCAUGUUUCGAAAAAAAAAAAACCAGACGAAGAAGUUUUUCGUUGUACUUGUUUAUCUCAUCCUUUUAAAACGUCCAACAUGGCAGGGGUCGUCUUUUUAAUAUCAAUUCCUAGUGAAAAUAAAGAAAAAGUAAUCGUCGCAAAGAAAAAUAAAAAGAAAUCAGAAAUAAAUGGUAAUCUAAAAACGAAUUCUAACGGUUUUAUUAAACAACCAAAAGAAAUCAAUGAACAAACUGGUUUGUUAAGUAAUAAAUCAAGUUUAAGUGAAUACGAAAUCGAUUCUGAAGAGUUUUCUAUGAAAAUGAUCCUAGAAGAAAUUUUGGGCGAAUUUAAAAUAGACAAUGCGAUUUGGUCGAGUACCUUAGAUGGUCAAUACUUACAAAUUAUAUUUACGAUGGAAAGUGAUGAAAAUUACGAAAAAAUUCUUGGUGUGCUUAAAGAAAAUGAAAUUGGCGCAAAGUAUCAUUCCGUGGUGAGUGUAAUUCCUUGUGGACUUUAUUACAAAGCUUCGACUACAAAAAACGAAGAAUUCAAAGAUGAUAGUACUCAAGAGGAAUCGAAAAAAUCUUUAUGGAGCCAAUUUAUACUAUCAGUGAGAGCGAGACCCACCGUAAACCAAGUAGUUGAAAAUAUAAAAUUACACGCAGCUUUAACUUUCGAUUUUGUAUGUUUAUUAGUUGUAGCAACCACUUUAUGUGCGAUAGGUUUAGUUGAAAACAACAACGUCUAUUUAUUAUCAAGCAUGUUAAUUUCCCCAAUGAUGGGUCCAGUUAUGGCAGCAACUUUCGGGACUGUAAUACGAGAUAAAACCCUACGUAAAAUCGGAAUACAAAGCGAAUUAUUAGGAUUAUUAAUAGCAUUACUCGUGGGUUAUUGUUAUGGAGCUGUUAUAUGCCUAAGUACGGAUAAAUAUGGUGAUAACGAUUGGCCAACGAACGAAAUGAUUUCUCGAGGAGAACUUCGCACUUUCGGAGUAGGAUGUUUAAUUGCAAUUUUAUCAGGGGCUGCUUUAGCCCUUGGAUUACUCAGUGAUAACAUCGCUUCGCUUGUUGGGGUUGCUAUUUCAACAUCUUUAAUGCCACCAGCAGUCAAUGCUGGGUUAUUAUGGUCGGUUGCUUCAAUUUACUACUUAAAAGGAGAUGAAUCAACUCGAUACAGCACCUUAGUUUACACCAAUUAUUAUUCAGAUGAUAGAGGAUUUGAAAUUGCUUUAUUAGGAUGUAUGAGUUUAUGUUUAACGUUUGCUAAUAUAAUUUUUAUUUAUAUCGCUGGAUUAAUAGCAUUCAAGGUAAAAGAAGUUGCUCCAAUCGCUUCGAGGGAUCACAUAAAAAGACAUUUUUGGAAGCACGAUAUUAAAGUUUCGCGAGAUUUCAACAAAAGGGGGUUAACCCAAUCGCUUUCGAAUUUAGAUCAUGAUAUAAUAACCGGAAGGCACGAAUACACGUGGUCGCCGUGUAUGGAUUUUGAAAUAAAACCCACUAUUAAAGAAUUGGAAGAGAUUUAUUUUAAUCGAUUGGUUAAUGAUACUAAAUCAAACAGUUUCAUCGCAACAAUUUGUUCACCAUCGACCAGAAAAGGUUACUCGACUUUUAAUAAAGAUGUUACAUUGCCUGUUGUUCCCGAUGAUGUAGAUAAAAAAGAAUCAAUGCGAUCUAAUUCAUCGAGUAAAUUUGUUGUUACAACAUUAGAAUAGCUGUGUAAACCUUAUAAUAAAUAACAUUUUUUUAAAUUUA